UGGCAGUCCGACAAACUGCAUUGACCCGCCAUAUUCAGACCUCGUUAGUUUGCUUCCAGAGGCGGGCUAGUUGAGGCGCGCUUUUCAAACCGAACGGGUGCGAAUCGUGUGUCUAUCGUUGAAUUUUUUGAAAGUAAAAGUGAAUACAUACAAUAAUUAAAUAUGCCUGAUCAAGAGUUGGAGUACUGUCGAGACCUGGUGACGAUCAAAGAUUGGAUACAGAAGCAGCCACAUUUGCCUAAUGACGUCGAGGAGCUCCUCAUCCGCCGGUUCCUGGCGAGCUGUGGCUACAGCCUCGAGCUGACAAAACGCACCAUCGACUUCUUCUUCACGCUGCGCUCCACCGCGCCGGAAAUAUUCUGCAAGCGGGACCCCUGGGCGCCGGAGAUCAGACGAGUGUUUGAAAUCACAGACCUGAUCCCGCUUCCUCGAAAAACAAAAGAGAACUACAAAGUGUUCCUUUAUCGACUGAACACCACAGAAAUAGACCUGUUCAACUUCGUAGACGCGGUGAAGACAUUCUUCAUGCUGGCUGACACCAGACUCACUGAGGAAGAAGACAUCCCUGCUGGAGAAGUUCCUAUUUUCGACGCCACUAAUGUCUCCUUGAAAUUCAUACCGAAGAUCAACUUGUCUGUGUUAAGGAAGUACAUGCUCUAUACACAGGAGGCUAUUCCGAUCCGGCUAAAGCAGAUUCACGUGAUCAACGCGCCCGCCUACAUCAGCAAGAUUCACGCCAUCUGCAAACCCUUUCUGAAGACUGAAGUCGCUAAACUGAUCAAGUUCCAUGAACCCAAUACAGACACGCUAUACAAGGACGUGCCCCUGGAGUUACUUCCUGACGAGUACGGCGGCAAGGCCGGCACUGUCGAGCAGAUCAAGAGGUAUUGGGUCAAGCGCAUCGAGGCCAAGAGAGACUGGUUCUUGAGCCACGACCAGCGCUGGUCGGUGGACGAGGCGCGGCGCCCGGCCGACGGCCACAGGGACGAGCGCGCGCGCGGCCUGCCCGGCUCCUUCCGCUCGCUGGCGUUAGAUUAGUCGCGUCGUGGGUGGACAUAGAUAGGUUUACGUCCACUUUCUGCCAAAACAGUCGCCACAAAUUUCUAUUACUUUGCCAGAAAGUGAGCGAAUACAAUACAAACUGAGUAAACCAAUCUCUGGUUGUGUACCGUGCGCGCGAGAGAUUGCAGAUUCCAUCUGACACGUAUAGACGUGUUCCCUAUGUGUUAGGAACUUACAAAAUGUAGGUUAGCAAAUCUUAUACUAACUUGACGAGAUUUGCUGUUAACGGACUCGUUAAGGAGGACAUCAUGGUUUAAGGGCAAAAUUAACUUUUAGUAAGUAGUCCACAGCGCAGGCUAUGCAUGCAAGUACUCUCGUGACGCACAUUAUACAUUUCUUUAUUUUUACCAAUUUAAUGGUUCACUGUUGGGGCACUGACUGUCCUUAUAGAUGAUAAGAAGGAUUGGCCAUGAGAUGGACAUUUCUGGGUGAAAUAUCAUUAUCCUAUAUAUAAAAAAGGACCAACAUUUUUAUGGAUUGUAUGAAUAGUAUUUGGAAUAAUAAGACAAUUUAUAUCUGUAUUUUAUUUUUAUUUAACACUUUUUUUUUGAAGCGAGAACGAUAAAUUUUGUUAAAUAAAAAGCUUGUAUUGUGGUUCGUCUUAUUAUUUCAAUAUCUGAGGUUUAAACGAUUUAUCAAGCGAGUGUUGAUUAUAGACAACACAUUAUAACACCGUUCUCUUGUGUUGUCUACAAUCAACACUCGCUUGAUAAUUCGUCGAAUUACACAAUCGCUAUUAUUUCAACAGAAAACGGGUUCUCUUCAACUACAUUUCAUCAUUGUCACGUACACGAUGUUAACAACGAUCGAUAUGCAUGCAUGACAGAUUCAAAUUCGCUUGAUUUUUUGAAUGACAUUGAUAAAUUUUGGUUUACUAGAGAGCGUACUAUGCGAUAGCUUAGGUAUUUGUCAUUGUUUACUAUUUUGCAGGCUAUAAACUAAAGAAUUUCGAAUAGUAUGGUUUUCCGUAUAUUUCCAAUGCAUCCGUUUCAUCAUACUAUGACUCCCUGUUUGUAGCCUCUCUCUGCUGGAUGACAUCUUCUUACUCUUUUCAUAAUUAUAUAAAAAAUAUUUGUAAAAUUACUUAAUGUACUGUAAUGUUAUGUGUAAUGUACUGAGUGUGAUUAAAAAAUACACACAUGGAAAAUUUAAGGGCCGAUUUACGAGAUAUUGCAAUGAAAUCUUUACUUUUAAGAAUAAUAAGUAACACUAGACUAUUUUUUAUAAAAAGUGAUCACAUUAAUAUUAUUUUUUUAAUAUCAUGUGAGAAUUCAUAUUAAUCGUAAAUUAUAUUUAACUUGUUUAUUAUCAACUGAGUUUUUUUAUGUUAUGGCGAUUAAUUCAGAUAUUGAAUUUAGUAAUUAUGUAAUUUAAUUUUCAGUUUGGUUUCUAGAACCGUAUUACUGAAAUAACUACUGUAAUACGGCGGAAUUCCUCCUCCUAAUUUUUUAUGUGAAAUUUGGCUAAAAGGGCUCUUAAAUCAUUGACGAAUCAAUUAAACAUUUGAGAGUCGUUUACGCUAAAUUUUAAUGAAUCAAUUUCAUCUAAUGUGUAGCUUUAAGUGUAGAAGUAAGUAGGUACCAUACAAAUAAUUUUCUUUUUACUUUAUGGUACCUAUAGACUUAAAAUCAGAUUAAAACACAGACCGUGAUUUAUCUACCUCACGGAAUUAUUAUUUGUAUAAAUAAAAUAUUUAAGAUU